CCCCGGGGGCCAAGGCGACGGACUGACAGCUAAGAGGAAUUAAUGACUAAUACUAGUUGGCAGGCAGGCGGCGGAAUUAAUAACUAGUACUAGUUAGCAGGCAGGUGGCUGCGAGUGGUGACUCAUGCGAAGCAGUGGAGGAGGACCUAAUUGAACGUCAACUCUGAAACUAAAACCAGAGAAAGAAGGAGAAAAACAAUGGCACAGCCAUGGAAGAAGAAAACAUGUUACUGGAUGAAGGCGAUGCUUCUUGCUUUGUGGUUUUCUGGGAUCCAUGUGUUGGCUGAUGCGGCUGCAGCUGUUUCCAAGGAACAAAAUCAAUUGCGGUUCAGCAAGGAGGGGCAGUUCAAGAUACUACAAGUUGCGGACAUGCACUUUGGUGAUGGCAAGUCCACCCCUUGCCGGGAUGUUCUCCCUAAUCAGAUGCGCGGUUGCUCCGACCUCAACACUUCCGCUUUCAUUCACCGCAUGAUCCAAGCUGAGAAGCCUCAUCUCAUUGUUUUCACUGGCGAUAACAUCUUCGGAAAGCACGCCAAAGAUGCAGUGGCGUCUUUGAAUGCUGCAUUCGCACCUGCGCUAUCAUCAAACAUACCCUGGGCUGCUGUUCUCGGCAACCACGACCAGGAAUCCACUCUCUCAAGGGAAGGGGUGAUGAAAUAUAUAGUCGGCAUGAAACACUCCCUGUCUCAGUUGAAUCCCCCCGGGGUUAACAUUAUUGAUGGUUUUGGGAACUAUAAUCUGGAGGUUAGCGGGGUUGGGGGUUCUAGUUUACAUAACAAAUCAGUUCUCAAUCUCUAUUUCCUGGAUAGCGGGGAUUACUCCACGGUUCCCUCUAUCUCUGUCUAUGGCUGGAUCAAACCCUCUCAGCAAUUUUGGUUUCAGCGCACUUCUAAGAAGCUUCGGAGAGCAUACAUGAGCAAUCCGGAGGGUCAGAAAUCAGCUGCACCAGGUCUAGCAUACUUUCAUAUCCCGUUGCCCGAAUGUGCGAGGUUUGACUCAUCAAACUUCACGGGUGUAAAACAAGAAGGCAUCAGCUCUGCUUCUGUGAAUUCAGGCUUCUUCACAACCAUGGUGGAAGCAGGGGAUGUGAAGGCUGCGUUCACUGGACAUGAUCAUCUCAAUGACUUCUGUGGAGAGCUACUUGGUAUACAUCUUUGCUAUGCUGGGGGGUUCGGGUACCAUGCCUAUGGGAAAGCUGGAUGGGCUCGGAGGGCUCGGGUUGUGUUGGCAACUUUGGAAGAAAGGGAGAAGGGAGGGUGGGGAGAAGUUAAGUCUAUCAAGACGUGGAAGCGGCUUGAUGAUAAACACCUUACUGUUAUCGAUGCUCAGGUCCUCUGGAGCAAGACCUCUGCUGGAAGCCGUUGAAAGAAAAAGAUUGGUGGCAUUUAAGUGAUUAACAUGUAUUUGCAGCAAAGAUAAGCCAUCAACUUAGCUGUGAGAAAGUAAGCUUCAAAUAUCAGUUCAAAGGAAUCUUCUCUUGAUGUUGUUUUAUAGUUUUAUUUCAAGGAAUUGUAUGUCUAAGACAUAAAGAAAACACAUGAGUAUUUUACAGGACAAUAAAUGAAAAACUAUUAUAAAGUUAAAGAUAUCAUCAGUAAUCAGUAAGUGGAUGUCAUCUAAUUGCAAUUCAUGCACGGUAGUUUUGUCAAAGAACCUUUUGAUGCAUGAAUGAUUAGAGAACAUAGUCCACAAAGUUGAGAAACUUCUUUGAUUCUUAA